AUGUACGCCAAAAGGGAGAUCCCAACACUGGACAGUGUGAUAAGGGCUGUCAACGAAGAUGACGACUUGCCGAACUUCACGAAAACCACCCUGUGGAGGCUAAUGAAGGACACCGGCUUCAUCUUUGCUAAGAGAAAACGGAAUCUUGCGCUAAUCGAGCGCAGUGACACCACACCCAACCACGAUUCUGCCGAUGCCACCGUAUUUUCGACUAUGGUCAUGCCAAGAUUCAAGCUGCUGCUGUGCAUCAUCUACUUGGAUGAAACAUGGGUCAACGCAGGGCACAACGAAGGGGAUUGGCUGCACCCCUCGGGCAAAGGGGCCCAUUUGAUCCUCGUACAUGCUGGCAGCAGUGCAACUCGUUUCAUCGAAGGAGCUGCUGACUACUUCCAAGCAAAAAAGGGGGGCAGCGCUGACUACCACUCUGAGAUGGAUGACAGAUACUUUGAGGAGUGGUUCACCGACAAGCUUUUGCCAAACAUUCCGCCUAAUAGCGUUAUUGUCAUGGACAAUGCGCCAUACCACAGCGUAGCUCUUGAGAAAGCACCUACCAAGUCGACGCGCAAAGCUGAUAUUCAGCUUUGGCUCACAAAGAAAGGUGUUCCGUGGUCAGAGGACAUGGUGAGAGCUGAACUGCUGGAACUUUCCCAAAAGGUCAACACACCCAGUAUUGUGUACCGCAUCGACACUCUGGCGGCUACCCGCGGCCAUGAAGUGCUUCGUGUACCACCAUACCACUGCGAGUUCAACCCAAUCGAGCUUGUUUGGAGCCAGGUAAAGGGGUACAUGGCAGCACGGAAUGCGGGUUUCACUUUGGCUGAAGUAGAGAAGCUUCUGCCAGAAGCACUAGCAUCUGUAAAACAGGAAAAGUGGCAAAACUGCUGCGCUCAUGUAGAGCAAGUUGAAGCUGAAGCAGGGGAACGGGACAUGAUUGUGGAUAGUGAAAUCGAACCACUUGUCUUCUGCAUUUGUGAUUCGUGCAACUCCUCCUCCGAUGAGUCAGGUGCUCAGUUCAGUGAUGACGAGUUGAGUGGCAUCGAAGAACUUUGCUGA